UGUCCAAAAAAAAAAGCAUAUACCAAAUUAAUUAAUUAAUUAAUUAAUAUGAAGAAGCCAAUAAUCAUUUUUGUUCCCUAUCCAGCACAGGGACAUGUUAAUCCCAUGCAAAAUCUAGCCUCAGUUUUUGUAAGUCAAGGAUUUGAAGCCUUCAUAGUCCUCCCUCAACAUUUUCAUAAGAAGAUUAAUACUAAUAAUGAUUGUUCUGACUUACGGAUCAUUAAGUGGGUUGGUUUAGAAGAUGGGAUAGAAGAGAACACAACAAUAGAUUUCUUUGCCAUUGAAUCAUCCAUGGAGAAUAUAAUGCCAAACAAUUUGGAAGAGUUUCUUCAAAAUAAUCAAAGGCUUGAUGAAGUGUGUUUGAUGGUGGUUGACUUGUUGGCAUCUUGGGCCUUACAAGUGGCAAACAAGUUUAGCAUCCCUACUGCUGGCUUCUGGCCAGCCAUGCUUUCAUCAUAUCUUUUGAUUGCAGCCAUACCUCAUAUGCUUAUGACUGGACUCAUCUCUGACACAGGACUUCCACAACAUGAAGGCAAAAUUACAUUUGUACCUUCAUUGCCUGUAGUUUCAACUGAGGAUUUACCAUGGCUUAUUGGAACAAUUGCCGCUAAGAAAGCAAGAUUUAAGUUUUGGAUGAGAACUUUGGAAAGAUCAAGAAACCUUAAAUGGGUCUUGGUGAAUUCCUUUCCAAACGAAAUCAAAGUUGGGGUACAAACUAGUAAUUCAUCAUAUUCACAAAAUGUGUUGCCUAUAGGCCCUAUUUAUAGGCCUCAUCAACUCACUAAAAAUCUUAGUUUUUGGGAAGAAGAUUUAAGUUGUUUAAAGUGGCUAAAAAACCAAAAAGUUAACUCAGUUGUUUAUGUCUCAUUUGGAAGUUGGGUCAAUCCAAUUGGAGAAUCCAAUUUGAAAAAUCUAGCUUUAGCUCUUGAGGCUACAAUGAGGCCUUUUAUUUGGGUUUUGAGAUCCACUUGGCGCCAAGGAUUACCAAUUGGGUUUUGUGAGAAGAUUUUGAAGGAAGGAAGAGGCAUGGUUGUUUCUUGGGCUCCACAAAGGGAGAUUUUGCAACACAACUCUUUGGGUUGUUUUAUUACACAUUGUGGUUGGAAUUCUACAUUGGAAGCUUUACAAUUUCAAAAGAAAUUGUUGUGCUACCCUAUGGCUGGAGAUCAAUUCGUGAAUUGUGCCUAUAUUGUUGAGGUGUGGAGGGUGGGUCUAAGACUCAAUGGGCUUGGUCAAAAGGAUGUUGCGGAAGGACUUGCAAAUGUGAUGGAAGAUAAGGAAAUGAGUACAAGGUUAAUGACAUUAUAUGAAAGAAUCAUGGGAAUGCAUAGUGAUAAUAAGAGUGGAUCUUUUCUUUUGAAAUCUUUUGUGGAACAACUCAACGAAGCAUCUACCAUUCAUAAAAAAAAUUCUUAAAUAGAUAUUGUUGGUGCACGGAGAUCAUCGACCAACAGUCAGGGUAUGGGAGACACUGAUGGAUAUUGAGUUAUGUUGAGGUGCGGUGGUGUAAAGUUGUAGUUCGCAAUGAUCGUAAAAUCUUAAAAUAAAGCAUCUUUUUAUCGGUGUUGGUUUAUGUAUCAUAGAGGGGAUAAAAGAGCAAUUAUCACGUUAUAUUGAGUUUAUUUACACUUUUUUUUAACACUAUCUUUUAUCUGUUAAUACUAGAAUGUCAUAUAUUAUUUGUAACAACAAAAAAAAAAGAGUGUCAUAUAUUAUAGCAUUUAAUUUUGUUAUAUUAUUUCUUAGAUUAUAAAUGAA